GUUCAUGUGGCACAGUAGUGGUUUGGCCACGACGAUUAAUUCUAUGGUCUUCACGUUCCCUCAAGAUACUUGAACAAGGCUACAUCUAGUGCGGACGCUCGUACUCGUAAAGCCUCGUAGCGAUGAUUACGUAAUUUGUUUCGUCUCCAAUGCCAACUGGCCUUCGUCCCUCUCAUCUCAACAUUGCCCAGCAACAUUCUCAUCUACGCCAGACGACACUGGCGUAUUGCAAGUUCAACGCAGUUGACCUGCUUAAGACAAGAAGCCUAGUAUUCGACCCAACGAAACAAUCCCCUUACCUCGAACCAUGGAUGCCAUCAUCAACCAGCUGCAACAUCUCUUCGAAGGUCAAAUCGACUUCCAUGGUCAACGACUUGCUGAGAGCAUCUCCACGGUCAUUCUGACCAUUUCAUCUACUAUUGCUCUUCUGGUCGGCUACAUACAGCAAGACAUCUAUUUGACAAUGUGGAUUAGUCUUAUAGGCACGCUCUUUGCGAUAUUCCUGGUUGUCCCGCCUUGGCCGGUCUAUAAUCAGCACCCUCAGCCAUGGAUCGGGUCCAAAGCAAGACUACCACCUGGUGGGAUCGUUGUGUCAGGAAAGUGAUGAUAUGUUCAGUGGUCAGGUCUCAUUGCUCAUUUCAGUUCUACCUAAGAACCGAUUACAUUGGUAUGUGGCUCGAUGCGCUAUCUGCCACAAACUCCAAAGUGCCCUCUGUAUUGACAGCUACCAUGAAUCAAUGACACGAUCCAUUGGUAUUCGCUUGCAUGAGAGCUUGCACCUCGCCGACAAAGCUAUGGGAGGCAUAUCUCAAGGCCGUUCCUGGUUUCCACUGCCAUGCUUCUUUGGCUCUCCCGCCGCAGCUGAGCCUCGCCGAGUUGAGAUAUGAAUCAUUAUUGGGGUCUUGAUCGGAUCUCUGCGAGCUGUGCUCGAAUCAGAGGCUCGGAUCUUGUUCAAAUCUCCUCCUUUUAACGGCCGUAUUUCUGGAAUUCCCAGUCUCUGUUGUCCAAGGGGCAGACUUGUCGCGUCUUUAGCCAACGUGAAAUGCAAUGGAAGUGGAAGGCAUGCUAGAGUCAUAGUCAGCUAAGUUCAAACAUGUUCAUGUAGUUUCUCA